UACAGUCUAACGUAAAACAUCUGAAGAAGAAUACGACAUACGACGGAAGAGAUCGUCGUAUUCGUUAUUAAAUUUGUUACCAAAUGAUUCAGGUUUCAUUAGACUUUUAACAAACAUGAAUCAAGAGAAGUAUCCGCGGUCAUCCAUUGAGGAUGAUUUUAAUUAUGGCACGAAUGUCGCGACGGCGAGCGUACACAUCCGGAUGGAUUUCCUCCGCAAGGUCUACACCAUCCUGUCAUUGCAGAUUAUCAUCACCACGGCUGUAUCUGCCCUGUUCAUGCUCUGUAACCCCAUUAAAAACUUUGUGCAUGAAAGUCCCUCUCUAGUGCUGAUAUCCGCUAUCGGCUCUCUUAUCCUGCUCCUUGCCUUGGCUUUUUAUCGUCACCAGCACCCAGUCAACCUUUAUUUGCUGUUUGGAUUUACUCUGCUGGAGUCACUGUCUGUUGCUACUGCAGUGUCAUUUUAUGAGUACACCAUAGUCCUCCAGGCCUUUGUGCUCACGUCUGCUGUGUUUCUGGGUCUCACUGCAUACACCUGCCAGUCUAAAAGAGACUUCAGCAAACUCGGAGCCAGUUUGUUUGCGGGCCUGUGGAUCUUGAUCAUAGCCAGCUUUCUGAGGUUCUUUUUCUACAAUGACACUGUGGAGCUGGUGUUUGCUGGGGCCGGAGCUCUGCUGUUCUGCGGCUUCAUCAUUUUCGAUACCCAUUUGCUGAUGCACAAGCUGUCCCCAGAGGAGCACGUCCUGGCAUCCAUCAACCUCUACCUGGAUAUCGUCAACCUGUUCCUGUACAUCCUGCGCAUCCUCGACGCCAUGAAGAAACACUGAAUGCUGUGACACUCAUCCUCAAUGUCACAGGUGAAUGUCGGUGCACUCCAUAAAUAAUACUUUAAUUUAUUUUAACACACUUUCCUUUCAAUAAAACAGUGGGUUUUGGCGCUGCUGGAAUAAUCAAAUAAAAAAUGAGGUAUUAAUUAUUAGGCGAAUUAAGUGUUGCAUCUGUGGACCAGAAAUCAUUCUAAGCAUGAAUAAAAGUCUUUAAAAAUACAUGCACUCUGAACGUUAAUUUCCUUAAUUAGCAGUUUUCAUAUUAUUAGUGUAUGUAUGCCCUUCUACUAUUGAGGCAUAAAAAAAACUCCUCAGAUUUAGCUUAAUUUUGGUUAUUAGUUGUGAUCGGCUCCUUAUUUUCAUCUUGCAAAGUGGUAAUUGUCAUUUAAAUGGGCAAAUGUGAAUGUCUAAAAAUGAUUGUACGAUUUUCUCCUGCUCUAUUGACUGUUCCUAAUUAGAUUCCUUGGUUUUUAGUGAGAUCUGUAUCAUUCUGUGGUGAUUUCUUGUGAAUUUCGAUGUUGUGGUAAGUGAGUUGAUGACUGGAGAACACAUUUUAGGCUGUAACAUUUAAUUUUUGUGUGUUUGUAAAUGGUAUGUGUAUUAUUAAUUUAACUCAACAGUCAUUCGAAAACGCCCGGAAUACCUAAACCUCAUAAAAUCUGCAAUGAAACAUCACACAGACAUCUUAAAAUAUAAGAAUAAUAAUCAUUUUAAUUUGUAGGAGUCUUUGGUUUUACAUUGUAACAUCGAUAAAGCAGCAUUGAGUCAGUUUUAAAAAGCACGCCAGUCAUCUCAUUUGAAAUGAACUAGAAAACUCACAAUAUUCAGGGAUCUCUGUAUGCCUGUGCCCAAAGUGCAAUAGUAAUCAUAAUAAAAAUGUUUUUAAAUGCUAAAUGGUCAUGUAGACAAACUGAGAUGUUAUAUAAUUUUAUGUUACUUGCUGUAUAAAUAAAAAUAAAAUAAAACAACUAUUUUAA